AGUAAGUAACUUAAUUUUGAAGUGUUGAUAUUGUAACAUAUCUUGUAUUUAUUGUGUAAUACAGACGUUUAAAUCUCCCACACCUUCUCAAUUUUGGAGAUCGAUAUUACAGCGGAAAAGCCGACAUAUUGGUGACAUGUAAUCGCUAAAUAUAAACAAGGAAGCUAAAACAGAAAAGUUGCGUAAAUUCUUCACAAUUGUCAAAAUAAGUUUUAAUUAUAAACAACGGAUUAAAUAAUUUCAGUUUUGAAUAACUACAAUACGGAAACAUAUUAUUGUCUGAAAGUUCAUUCCGAAUUCAAAAAAUGGACAGAGGGGAUCAGAGGGUUAUGUCCUUUCGAUUGUCUCGGGUGAUGGAAGACAUUGGGAUCAGUCGGUACAUUAUUGCCAAGAGGAGGGGGACGUGGCUGGAGAUAGAGAAACUGAGGGAAAUAAAUUUCAGAAUAAAAAGUGGAGUUAAACUUAUGUGUUAUUAUCAUUUUGGCAGCCAGAGUGAGGGUAAUACGACACCUGGGAUGGAGUCUGACAUAGAUUUAUUGAUGUGCCUCGAUGCUGCUCCCGUAAUAUUGAACUGGAGGGACUGGAAGCAGGGACUAACUAAUUUGUUAGUGUUAAAGAAUGAGCUGUUUCCACCCCAACACUGCUUGCUGCAGUGCGUGAGACAUGACCUUCCGUUACCACUGACGGAGGUGCGCAGUCCUAAUGAUGUGGUCGACAAUGAGGGCAGAGUGCUGUAUACAAACACUCAGAUUGAAACUCAUCAGCGUGUGAGAGAAUUCAACUCAGAGGGUGUAAUAGUGCGCCAUGGUCCAUCCAAGAGCUGGGAUAAAAAUAUAGAUAUUGUUGCAGGCUUCCGUUGCCCAAGUCUGCCACAUGAGUGCCAGUUUAUGUUCAAUAGACCCCGGCCCGGACAUUGGCCUAGACCUCACACACUGGAGAGGGCCAAAGAGUCUGGAGUGUUUCUGGUGCCACAGGGUUACACUGAGUCUCCUUCAAGACCAUCUAGGUGCCGCUCUACUGCACUCCACAUCACAGAUGAUCCGUCUUAUCCUGAAUCAAGGAGACAAUGGAGAUUUUCUACAGCCAUAAUGGAGAGAUUGCUAAUGUUUGACAUGAACAUUCAACAGCACAAGACAUUUGUGUUUCUUAAAAUAUUGCGAAAACAGUUCUUCAAACCAAUAGUUGGAGAUCGACUAAGCACUUUCCAUAUGAAAACUACCAUGUUAUUCACAAUAGAGACUUACCCAUCAGAGAUAUGGAGGGAGGACAACCUUGUACAGUGUGUUAUCUACUGUCUGACCACACUUCUUAGGUGUGUGAAAAUCAAGUAUUGUCCUCACUACACUAUCUCAGAGGUAAAUCUGUUCACUGGAAAGCUGUUCAAACAUGAACAAACUUUGAUAAGAAACAUGAUUUUGAAAAUGAUCAGUGACAAUAUGAGUUGUGUAUUCAGUAUACAGAUUGAUGACAUAGGAAGAAAAAUGAGUUCACAAGAAAACUGUGUGAGUUUGCAAUCGAUAAAAACUAGAUGCACAAAUAUUUCACUUAUAAAUACAUUUCUUUUUAAAAAUAAUGUAGGACGUCCGAAUCACUUGAAUGAAACUAUACUAAAUGAAAGUGAUGACAACGUUGAUUAUGUUUUGCUUCUUAUUCACCACAUAGCAAUGCUUACCAGAAUAUAUGAUCAAGGAACCAGUAUAGAACAGGAAGCAGUUUUGUUGUUGAAACCAAAACUGUGCGGAACACUUGCCUCCAUAAAGACUUCUAGAAAAAUCUCUCAGAGUCAACCAGUUACACCAGCAAUUUUCAAAAUGUAUAAAAUGUCCUUUGACUCUGACCUUCUGUCCAGCAGACUAAAGUUUGCCUCCAUGUUAUACUGCAGUGGGCAGUAUGAAGCAGCAAGAAACUGCCUCAACUACUGUGAAGGCCUGCUAGGGCCUGAAGUGUGGCAAAGCUGUUCAUGUAAAGGCAGACGGCAGGAAUAUCCCAGCAGAGAGUUCAAAGAAAAGGCUUCAUAUAAAUCAAACAAGGAAAUGAUGAAGUAUCAUUAUGCAAGUUGUGUGUCUUUUUCACGCCAUGAAAUAUGCUGUGUACCAUUAUUUCUGUUGUAUGAGAUGUUCAGAAUGGUUGGAGAUGAAGACAGACAGCAAAGACGCCCAGCCUCAUUAUAUAAAUGGAUGGACUAUAUUGUGAUUGACUGUGUCCCAUUUCUCUACUACUUGCAGUAUCUCACAUACAGACAACUGAACAUGCCCCUCAGACAACAAGCAGCACGUGAUCAUCUGAAACAUUAUGUAUUUUUUGAAAGUAAAGGCCAUGGCCACAUAGACACAGCCUUCAACAUGCUUGGACACUGCUGUGAACUGGAGAAUAGGCUGGACCGAGCCUGGAUCUGCUACACAGAAUCACUUUUAUUAUACUCCAGAAACAAUGCUGCCAAGUGGCAUAUAGCUAGACUACUGAACAGGGGUGUUUAAAACUUGAGAACAGCAUAUUUUUCUCUAAAACUUCAAGUUGAAAAGAAUUUUUUAGUUAGUCUGCAAUAUAUUUUAAACAUGAGUGAUUAUUUUAGAGUUGUGAAAUGUUAGCCAUAAACAUUUUGAAUUAAAUAGAAAUGUUCAACAGUUUAGAUGUAUAACUUUAUGAUGUGUUUAAUAAACAGUGUAAUUAUU